AUGAGCCCUCUUCCGGUCAUUCUCCGCGUGCCCCUCUGGAUCGUCCUCUGGGUGUUCGCUGGGAUCCUCACCAUUAUCACCAUCGUUCGUCUCUCCUAUACUACCCACCUCCCCCCCGGAGAUACCCUCAAUGGAGGCCGCGACUUCUUCGACCCUAUCGUGGUCGAGCUACUCGUCUCCUCAAUACUCGCCCUAGGCACGAUACCAUUCGUGCUGCGAUGGAUCCCCCCUCAAUUCUCGUCUCAGUCGUCAAACAACGUCUUCGAGCUCGGUUCAGUGGGCCUCCUGUGGUUGUUCUGGUUGUCCGGAUGCGUCGUGUCAACGUCUAUCUGGCCCGACCUCUCCUUCUGCGCCCAGUUCGCGCAGUGCCGCACGCUCAGCGCGAUGAUGGCCUUCGCCUGGCUCGGCUGGGUCGCGCUCACCGGCCUCGGCGUGAUCGCGAUCCUCGCCGUCGCGCACAAGGCGCGCGCGCCCUCCUCGCCGAUGAUGGUCGAGUGGGCCGGCCCGCCGCGCCCGCGCGUCGACACCGUCUCCGUCUGA